AUGUCUUCAGGCUUCGUCUCCGGCGGCACGCUCGACGCACCCAUCGAACGUGACGACGAAUGGCUAGCAGCGCAAGCCGCCAUCGAAUCCGAACGGCGCCGCAAAGCCGAGCUCUCCGCCCAAAACGACGGGAAAUCCCUCUUCGAAGUCCUGCAAGCCAACAAGCAGGCCAAGCAAGAUGCUUUUGAAGAAGCGGCGCGGCUGAAGAAUCAGUACCGCGCGCUUGAUGAGGAUGAGGCGGGGUUUUUGGCGGAGAUCAUGGGGAAGGAGAGGAUGGCUGAGAUGGAGGUCAAGCAGGAUGUUGAGAAGGAGAUUGAGGAGUUUAGACGGCGAAGGGAGAUGGCUGAGAAGGGGGAGAAAGAGGAGGGUGUGGAGGUGGAGAAGGUUGAGGGGGGUUGGAAGAAUGUGGGGAGAAAGAGGAAGGGCCCUGCUGAGGGGCUAUUGAAGGGAGUUAAGAUCCGGAGGGUUGAUGAUGAGAAGAAGGCCGACGAUGGGGCGAAUGCGAAAAUCAAGAAAGGCGACGUUGUGGAGAAGAAGGCUGCGGAAGUGGUGAAGACCUCGAGCACGGAAAAGAAAGAAGAGCUUGCAAAACCAGCUGCUGCUCCGCCGCCAUCUAAACCUACGGCGAAUGCUCUUGCAUUGGGUCUGGGGUACGGAUCAUCCGAUGAAGACGACUGAGCUCGUUC